AUGUCAAACAUCAUCAUUCUCAGCUCGCAGCACAUCGUCUCUAACGGUUACAACAACACCCUCCGCUAUGAGUUCCCUGGCAGCAGCGUUAAUUUUACUAACAGCGAAUUGGCUAUUCACUCAAUCAACAUGUACAACAGUCAAUUCAAUAUCGAUGCAUCAGCAUAUGGAAACAAUAGCUUCAAGCUUUCAAUGCCCACAGGCAACACCUACAGUACUGUACAGAUCAGACUUCCGAGCGGAUACUACUCAUAUAGUGCAAUAAACUCAGCUAUGCAAUCGGCUAUGAUCUCAGCAGGUGCGUAUCUAAUCAGCGCUGAUGGCGAUAACGUAUUUUACGCCAAUAUCAGCGAAAACCCAACCUAUUACUCGUGCCAAGUCGAUCUAUCGCCGGUUCCGACGAGCCUUCCCGCUGGAUGGUCUCGCCCGCCUUCUGGUCUCUACUCGAGCGGUGGAACCGGCCUGCCGCUUGGAUUCUCGUAUGUCCCCAAGCUCGUUAUCGAUAACGAGGAGUUUGGCAAAAUCAUCGGUUUCCCACUCGGAACGACCCCCAGUCAGAGUCUAUACACGCUUCAGUCUGUACUCUCUCCGAUUCCGCCUCAGAUCAAUCCUGUCAGCUCAUAUCAGAUGCAGUGUUCCCUAGUAUCAAAUCCAUUUUGCAUUCCAGACGAUAUUCUCACUACUUUCAACACAGCAGGAACGACUAUCGGUCAGCUAGUAAGCUACCAGCCAAAUGAGUUCUGUUGGGUCGAUGUUCCCAACGGAUCAUAUGCUAGCAUCACUCUAACGAUCGUUGAUCAAGAGGGCAGGUUCGCUAAAUUGAACGAUACAAACAUGCUGAUCAGUCUGAUCGUCCGGCAGAAACGCUCGUAG